CCCACCCCCGUAUCCUGGGAGGGGAGAGGGAAGCAUCUGACUGCCUGCCCAAAGAUCCAGAAUCUGGAAUCCAAUCCCAGACCCUUCCUCAAAGACUCAUCCACCACUAUGCAGUCCAGCCCAAGUCAGUGAGAGCUGGGUGCUGACGACCAGGUGUCUGACAAGGCAUUGAGUCCUCCCAGCUGGAAAAGCCUCUGAAUCUGUAAGAAAGAGAACACAAACCAACAAUGACAUACUCACAGCCUUACUCUCAGUUCCCACCAAAACACAGAGCAUUUCCUGUGCCUUUUCCGUUAUUUCACAAGCUGCUUCUUAGUCUCCCUCUGGGCUCCAGGACAGACAGCUGCUUCUCCCCUCAGAAGCCAGACAGUUGCCUCCAGCCUCUCCUGGUCAACGCCAUGGCCAAGACCCGUAGUGACCAUCUGCUGUACUCCCUGGAAGAGCUGGUGCCCUAUGACUUUGAGAAGUUCAAGUUCAAGCUGCAGAACACCAGCCUGGAGAAGGAGCACUCCCGGAUUCCCCGGGGCCAACUCCAGACAGCCAAGCCAGUGAAGCUGGCCACUCUGCUGGUCACCCACUAUGGGGAGGAGGACGCCGUGCGGCUGACCCUGCAGGUCCUGAGGGCCAUCAACCAGCACCUUCUGGCAGAGGAUCUCAACAGUGCAAUCGGCUCAGGGUGUCAGGUAAAAGAAAGUGACACAGACAGUUCAGCAAUGUCUGGUUCCUCUGGGGAGAUUAAGCCCAAGAGUCUGAAGAUACCAGAUGGCCUGGAAGGUGACAAGCAGCGACAAAGUGGUGAUGGGGCUGGCUGCCCACCAUCCAUCCAGCCCGAGGCUGGAAGGGGGCUCCAGAAGAAGCCUCUGGGCAAACAGAGAGAUCAGAAAGGCUCUGAGCGCCCGGAUGUGCAGGGCAAGCCAGGGGCCAGGAACACAACUCUGUCUUCCAAGAGAAGCCCCUUUCCCAGCAAGCCACAGGGGGAGAAGGGGAGCAAUGAGGGGGUCAGGCUGCGCAGGAACGCCAGCUCUGCAGGAAGGCUCCAAGGACUCUCCAGUGGGUCGUUUGCUGGGUCCCUGGGAAGGAGAGAAUUUAAGAUAUCUGAAGCAUAUUUACCUUCAGGAAAGAAGCGACCCAAAAGUCUUGAAUUUACCAUUUCUUCAGGAGAGACAGAACCUCUCAACCCAGAAGCUCUUCUGCUUCAAGAGAAAAUGAGAAGUGAGAAUCCAGGCUCAGCAGCCACUCUGAACACAGGGGCUACUGUGGCUGCAGAGAAAGGAUCCAGGAAUCCAGAACACGCCAUGACUCUGGAGGGGGUAGCACUCAGGAAUACACUUUGCAGUGUAUCGUUAGCUGGAAAGAAGAUCUGGGAGCAUCCAGAGUCCACAGUACCUGCAGAGAAGAGUGGAACUGAGGCUCCAAAGACCUCUAAGGCCUUGGAGGAGGUGGUAGGUGGUGUGCUCCAUGAUCCUUCAAAUCCAGAAGUCCCUCCAUCUUCAGGGAGACUGCAGGACAAGGCUGUAUGUCGCCUUUGCUGUGCCCAGGAAGGAGACCCGGUUGGUGGCAGCUGCGUGCAUGUUUCCUGCAGCUGCUCCGUUGCUUCUAGGGAUCCUGAGGUCUCACGUGGCUACUCAUCCAGCUGCCCUCGGUGCCAGGACUUGCUCCCGGGGAAGAGCCAUGGAAGCCUCGAGUGCCAGGAGGGCCUGCAGAUGGCCAGCCUGAGCCCCAAGUCCCUGCCACAGUGUGAGCGUCACAUGAAGCAGGUCCAGCUGCUCUUCUGCGAGGACCACGGGGAACCCAUCUGCCUCAUCUGCAGGCUGAGUCAGGAGCACCGAGGCCACCGGGUUCGCCCCAUCGAGGAGGCCGCCCUGGAAUACAAGAAACAAAUUCAGAAGCAGCUGGAGCAUCUGAAGGAGUUGAGAAAAUCUGGAGAGGAGCAGAGAUCUCAGCGGGAUAAGAAGACAGCAAACUUCCUGAAACAAGCUGAAACCCAGAAGCAGAGAAUCCAGUACCAGUUGGAGCAGUUAUGCCAGUUUUUAGAGCAGCAAGAGCAGCUCUUUGUGGCCUGUCUGGAGGAGCUGGGCCAGACCAUUGGCCAAGUCAGGGAGACAUAUGGCACCCGGGUGACAGGGGACAUCGCCCUUCUCGACAAGCUGAUUGGGGAGCUGGAGGCCAAGCAGUGCCAGCCAGAAUGGGAGCUUAUGAAGGACGUCAGAGUCACCCUGCACAGGGCCAAGAAGGUGACUGUCCCUGAGCUGUGGGCCACCCCUCCAGAGGUGAAAGAAAAGAUCCACCUGCUCUACCAGAAAUCAGAGUUUGUGGAGAAGCGCAUGAGGCACUUCUUGGAAACCCUGCGUUCAGAAAUGGAAAUGUUCAACGGUGAGUCCGGUGGUGGUAGUAUGUGUUGGCCAGGGAUUACGGCCAUUUUCCCUUGUGCUGUUGAUUUCUGGGAAUUAUUUAGAAAAGAGAAAACACCUGUAACAAAGGUGGGAGCAAAGUCAUGACAAGUGCUCACAGGCUCUGUGCCAGGGUCACUGACUGUCAACUCACCAGAGUACAGAGUAUCCAAGGCAGGCCUGGGUACCAGAGAGGAAUGGGGUUAUAUCCAAGCAGAGGAAGCCGAGUCCUGAGCAGGGAGAGGGAGUCACUGUCUUUCCUUGUUGUGGGGACCCGGGUAGAUUUAGCCCUCUGAAUGGAAAUGCUCAGGAUUUUUCCCAUCUCCUUUUCUCUGUAGUUCCAGAAGUGACUGGUGGUCAGGCACCCUGAGGCAAGUAGACUUGGCCUGCUGGGUCCCUGUGCUGUCCCCCGGUGCAUUCCAGAAUGACCCUGUCCACGUUUCUUGGAUGUGGGGAGAACCCUGUGGGGAUGUUGCCCAUGGACCUCAAGCUAGGAAUUCUAAUUCUCUCUGCAGUUAAUGUGAUUCUGGAAGCAGAAGCUGCCCACCCCAACCUCAUCUUUCAUCUUCUCUGAUGACUUGAAGAGUGUGAGACUUGGAAAAAAAGUGGGACCGUCUACCUGCUAGUCCAGAAAGAUUCUAUAGCUGAAUCAUUGCCCUGGGCUCUCUCAGUUUGCUCUCUAGCUGCCAUUACUGAGAAGUGAAGGUGGGAGACAAGACAGGGUGGGUCCUGGGUGUCUGCAAGGCAGCCACGAGCAGCAAGGAGAAUAUGGCUCUCUCACCAGAGAAUAGUUAUUGGGUAGAAAUGAUGAUGAAGUAAAAUGAGUGCCAGGCGUCCAACUUUCCCUCCACCCGGAUGAGGGAGCCCCCCAGGCAUGUGGGCAUCUUCCUGAACUACAAGACUGGGGACAUUUCCUUUUACACUGUGACAGCCAAAUCCCACAUCUCAACAUCCAUUGGCUUCUUUUCCUCUGGGCCCCUUCAACCUAUCUUCAGCCCCAGGACACAUGAUGGAGAGAACAUGGAUCCUCUGAAUAUCCGUCCAGUGGGUGGCCAGGGGCCUCACUGAAUAUCCAACACUUUGCAUCUUUCUUCAGGCUCCUGCCCUGUAUCUUGAAUCCAUACAUUCAACAGUCAUUAUUGAACACCUACUAGGUUCCAGCUGCUGUGGGGAAUAUAAUCAAUAAGAGAAUAGGCCCUGUGCUCAAGGAGCUUAUGGAACAGAAGCAGAAGUAAGCUGGGUAAACAAAUAUUGGUAAACCAAGGGUAAAGAGAACACAUGUAUUGAUGACAUGCCAUUGAUUUCAGAGAAGGAAGCACACAGCUGUUGCUUAAUAAAUCCUUGUAUGAAUUAGCACCCUAAGAUGCUUCUGAGACAGAGAGCCCACCCUCGUUUUCCCUCAGGACUCCAUGGCAAGGAUGUGUUCCCUCAUUCUAUCCUCCCUUUUGUUUUUUAUAAAUAAAAUUAUUUAUGAAUAAUAACAUCAUAGAGCUUACAUAGAUGAUCAUUAACCAUAACUUUUUAAUUUUACAAAUGAGAGUUCUGAGGCCUGGAAUUAAUGCAUUUUGUUCAUUUACUUCUUUUUCUACCAGUGUUUGGGGACUGAUUUUGGGCUAAAAGCAGCAUCAGUUGCUGAGAUUACAGAGAGAGCAAGAUAAAACUUCUGCCUUUUAGUGAAAACCUUAACUGUAGUAAGGAUCUGAAUAGUAAAUGUAUAAGCCCAGAGCAACAUAGGUACUAAAAUAUAAAUAUAUAUUGGAACAAUAUGUGAGCAUAUUACAAGUAGUAACUGAAUAGAGGAUUCUGAGAGAAUUUCAGAGUACUUUAAGUGAGUCUUAAUGACUAAGAAUUAUUUUGAAAAGGAGUGGUGAAAAGGCAUUUUAAGUGAAGAAUGGCAUAUGAAGUGCCACAAUAUGAAGCAGCAUGAGAUUUACAAUUUAAAGUGCUUGAUGGGUUUUUGAUGGUAUGUCAGUGUGGUAUGAGAAUGGAAACUCAAGACUCAUAUUGUCAAGAGCCUUAUGUACUAUGCAUAGGAAUUUGGACCUCAUUGUGCUGUCAGGGAGAGCUAGUAAAGUGUUUCAGGGCGGCCAAAUAGAGGUUAAGUGGCUUGUUAUCAUUCACAGGAAGUAGAGUUCAAGUCAUGAUUGAAAUCCAAUGUUCUUAUUCUUAUUAACAAGUAGACUAUAAUAAGAGUAUAAUAUAUGAUAAUAAUAUUUAUUAUACAUUUACUAUGUGCUUAGUUCCAUGUUUUUAUUUUAGUUAAUCAUCACCAUAAAGCUAUGGAAUAGAGAGGAAUUCUGCCUAGAAUGACUUGCUGAUUAUAAGUAGGAAAGAAUAAUUUUGAGCCACUACGCUUUGAUCUUUGACCAAACCCUAUAUAUGUCUGCAGUUUCUAUUUGCCUGAGAGCUGGAAGAGUGAGUA